AUGCCCCGAGGACGCAGGGGCUGCUGGACAUGUCGCAUCCGACACAGAAGAUGUGACGAGUCAUCCCCAGAAUGCAAAGAGUGUAGUACCCGGAGUAUUACCUGCCAUGGAUAUGAUCUCGAUCCACCAGAAUGGAUGAGCAAUGAUCGCCUAUUGCAAGAAGAGCUUCGGCGGAUCAAAGUUGCAGUCAAGGAGAAUUUCCGACGCGUCAAGACCAUUCAGAAUCGACAGCUUGCUCGGUCAACAGCUCAAGCAGCACAAGCUUCGCGUGCCAAAGCCACUUCUCGACCCGAAGGCGAAAUAACUCAAAGUCCAGCACAAGUCGGUUCAUCAACUACAAACACCAUCUUUCGAGAGGCGCAGUAUCUUGUUCAUUACCUCGACUACAUCUUUCCGAUUCAGUAUGCUUUCUACGUCGAUGCGCCAGAUCAGGGAGGUAGAGGCUGGCUCUUUUUCCUCCUUGAACGAAAUGCACCUCUUCGAAACGCAGCCCUAACUCUUUCCGCCUUUCACCAACAUACCUUCUCACCCUAUCAUACAGAGAAUCAAGAAGACGAACUGUUGCAGUACCAUACCAAAGCACUGCAGGAACUUCGGCAUGUCGUCCGCCAUCGAGACGUGGGUGCUUCUGCCGACAAUAUCGAGGAAUGGCUCAAGUUCCUGGCUGGCGGUAUGUUCUUGAUCUCUUUUGAGGUUUUCCAAGGAGGCACAAACAACUGGCAAGCCCACUUUAACGCCCUCGUAUCCGUGAUCCAGAACCUGGCAUCCUCCGACUUCGACUUUGACACUUCCGAUCCUUCGAGCCCAGAUUUCGACUUCCAGCGAGGCAUGAAUACUGCGCAAAAGUUCAUUUUGUCUAAUCUGGUCUGGAUCGAUGUCCUAGCGCCUCUAGCUACGGGGACUGCACCAAAGCUACCAUAUCACGAUUGGCUAAUCGCCGGCAAUAUCGACAUGUCGAGAGUUAUGGGCUGCUCAAACUGCAUCAUGAUCGCAAUUGGUGAUAUGAUGGCCCUGGAUUCAAGGGCCAUAACAAUGGAAAGUGAGGCUUUACAAAUCGCCAUUAAUGACCUAGAUAAACGCAUUUAUAAUGGAAUAGACGCGGCAUUAGAUGAUGGAUCAACGUUGACUCCGACAAACCGCUCCGUAACCCAUCUCUUCGCAACCGCAGCACUCGUCCAUCUUUACACUCUCGCUUCAGAACACAACAUCACAUCACCAGACCCUCACCGCGCAGUAUCGCGAGUCGUCGAAGUAUUAGACAACCUACCUCCGCAUAUAUCCCUACGAGCAACACCAUGGCCUCUUUGCGUUGCAGGUUCUAUGGCGCUUCCCCCAAAUGAGCAGUACUUCGACGACCUGUUGACGAAGCUAAUGGAUCAUGCUGAGGCGGGAUUUACUAAUUGUGGUACGGUGUAUAGUGUGAUGCAAAAUGCUUGGAAGCAACGACGGCGAGACCCAAGUAGGGUUUGGAGUGCGAGGCAAUCGAUGGAGGAUAUGGGUAUUUGUGCUCUCCUGAUAUGA